AUGCUUAGAAGAAUUCCAUUCAAAAGGUUUGUUAGAUCGUACGCAGUUCGAAGUGAGUAUGACUCUCCAUUUGACUACUUGCCAAAAAACCGUAAGAAACCGUUCAUAAGUUGGAAAGCGACGUUAUUUUUCAUUGGGUUGGGAUCAUACAUAUCUUAUUCCGAAGUGAUUUUAGAUAGAUAUGCUGAAUUCACCGAAAUGGAAGAGAAGAAUGAUUUCUUACCCAUAAAGUUGAAAUACAAAUUGACUCAAUUACCAAUAUAUCAAAAAUUGAUGAAGAAUGGUUGGACAAGAUUCGAAACCUGGGAAGAUUUCAAUCAUAAUAUCUUAGAUCACCAGAAUUUCACCAAAAAAGACGACAUUGAUGGAGUCACUGGUACUAUCUUGUCUCAUACAUUGUCUAAACCAGGAGGAUUCCUCAUAAAGCCGGUGAUUUUUGCCAAAGAUGAUGAGACCGUGACAUUAGUCCAUGCUGGGUAUAGAUUAUGUGGAUACCCAUUUAUUGUCCAUGGAGGUAUUAUAGCUACUAUGUUGAAUGAGACCUUCAAAAGAAAUGCAGCAUUAUCAUCAUUCACCAAGUCGGGAUACAAGGGAGACUUCAAAGUGGAAAAUAUUCUGAUCAAUUAUAAGUAUCCACUGUUUGCUAAUCAGUUCUUAAUUAUAAAGACCAAAAAGAUCCCAAUGGAAGGAGAAAACGAUAAAUUAAUUAAACUAGAAACCAUUAUUGAAAAUGAAGGUGGAAAGAUAUUAGUCAAAAGUCAAGCUGUGUUACAUGAUACGGGAUAUGUAUCAAAAUCCAGUUUGAAGAAGUUUAUAGGUUUAUGA